UCCGUCGGCCGAAAUUUGGAAAUUCCAGAGGUGGAUUUUUUGAAAUUCGAUACUGAUCGGCUCGGGUGAAUAUCAGGGUUGAAAUCGGCCCGGGAUCAGGGUUUGAAGGGCUCACCUCAGCUGCUCGACGUGCUCCGAUCGUGAAGGGAGGUGCGCGGCGUGGUUGCUCAAGCAAGUUUGAAGAAGCUCUUUGGACCAGCCCCCUUGGCGCUGUCAUAUGACCAAUGUAAACAAAACAAAUCGGAGAGGAUCAACUUCUUUUCCUGCCUGCGCUGAGCGAAAAUGUCGGAGCCGAUUUACAGCGUCCCUAUCGUGCACCAGGACCUGAGGCAGGAGGAGACCAUCGUUCAAAUCGCAGACAGUUUGAAUUAUCUCCAGAAAUGUGCAAAUGAUAUUUUGAGUAGAAUUGACGCAAAACUGGAGGCGAGCGCGGAAAAGCUGCAAGCGAUUCAAAAAAGGACUGCCAGGGCAAAGCAGGUCAUUGAUAAGCUCACCGGCAUAAAAAAGGCGACAAAAGUAAUAUCCAGCGCAAAAUACCCAGCUAAUGAGAAGUACUGCCCGUACACUUCUAUUUUUUCACUUGAGGAAAAACUACCAAUGGUCAGAAGCAGUGUUCCUAUCAUUUCAAAACAUGCUCCCUUAACUGAAAAAAAUAUCCAGGAGAAAAUGCAAUUCUAUCAUGUGAAAAACUCGAAUAGAAUGUUGCGGAAAAACUUUGAAAUAGCUUCGGAGGAAGGGCUUGGACGGCUCCCUCGCAACAUCACCUCUGUCACUUCAUUGCUCCUCUUCAACACAACAGAAAAUCCAUACAAGACCAACCUAGCAGACUGCUUUGGGCUGCACUACAAAAUCAAACACGCAGUGCCUGAACCUCAGGAGGCCAAAACCAAACCAGCGGUGACACCCAUCAAGAGUACAAACAUUGAAACUGAAACGAAAAUUGGUUACUACUCACCUGGGAUGGCAGAGGUGCCUGAACUGGACAUUCCAAUGGACUUGCCUAAUCUGCCAGGCAUUGCUGACGAUUUGGACUUUGAAUUUCCCUCGACUCCUGCAAUUCCUCCACCUCCGAAUGUACCCAAACCAGCGCCAGUCAAAGCUCCAGUUGCAGUCGAAUCUCCAGUCAAGGUGCCUGCAGCACCAGUGCCAACCCCAAGUCCCAUUCCUGCCGCGCCUCCGGCUCCGACGUCUGCACCACCUCCGCCUCCACCACCUCCACCCGUUGUUCCUACUUUUGUGGAAGCAACUUCCACUUCUUCAGCAGAGCACAAACAAAAAUCCGCUGCUCCUCCGGCCGAGGUUGGCGGCGACAUGCGGGCCAGCUUGAUGGCAGCGAUUCGGCAGGCCGGCGGCAAAAUGAAACUAAAAUCUGCCUCCGAAAAGAAAAUGGAGAAUAAGAAAAAGAAGCAGGAGCAAAAGGAAAAAGUGGUCAGUGGAGAUCUUAUGGCGGAUUUGCAUGCCAAGCUGAAACUUCGCAGAACAGGCAUUUCGGGAAGAAACCAAGUUGACGGGGGUGGCAGUCUUCUUGAAAAAGUGUCAGCCAUGAUUCCGCCUCCUCCGGGAGUGCCGCAAGCCCAAGCGGUGGACAGUGAGGACACGUCCGACUGGGAACCCUGAUGUCCAGUUUGAGCGAUUCAGUGGUGAAGUCGAAAGGACAAUUUUUCAAUUUUGUUACUUUUCUACGGAUAAACUGCUGGGAGGUUAUUCUUGGGAGAAAUAAAUGAAGAUAUAAUAUCUUUAAU